AUGGCUUCCACUGCCACAGACGCUGCUGUCGAGCAGAAGACUCGGCCCACAAAACCCGAUGAGGCUACAUACAAAGCCAAUUUGGCUAAAGCCGAAAAGGAACAUACUGCUGCUCAAGAGAAAUUGAACCAAAUCAAGGCCAAGAUUGAAAGCGCAAAGCCUAGCAACCAGGACUCGCCUGCUGCUAAGAGACAAAAGGAACUCCGUGCUGAGCUCUCUGCAAUCCGCCAAAAGCAACAAGGUUUCAAAUCUGCCCGUUCUAGCACCCAGGAGAAGCUCAAUGCUCUUGAUUCCACCCUUAAGGCCCGCGUUGCCGAGCAGAACAAUUCCCGCGGCAAGAUCGCUUUCAAGAGUGUCGAGGAAAUUGACAAGGAGAUUGCUCGCUUGGAGAAACAGGUCGAUUCCGGUAGCAUGCGCUUGGUCGAUGAGAAGAAGGCCCUUUCCGAUAUUUCCAGCUUGCGCAAGCAGCGCAAGAACUUUGCCGGUUUGGAUGACGGUCAAAAGAACAUCGACGCUUUGAAGAAGCAGAUUGCCGAAUUGAAGAAGACUCUUGACAACCCCGAGGCCCGUGCUUUGAGCGACAAGUACAACGAGAUUCAGCAGGAACUCGACUCUAUCAAGGCUGAACAGGACUCUGCUUUCAAGAACCUGAACUCUCUCCGGGACGAGCGUACCAAGUUGCAGCAGGAACAGCAAGCCAAGUUCACCGCCAUUCGUGAGCUCAAGGACACAUACUACAAGGAGCGCAAGGCCUACAAAGAAUACGAGGAUGAGGUCUGGCGUGCUCGCCGUGAGCGCCAAAAGGCUGAGCGUGACGCUUUCGAACGGGAGAAGAAGAAGAAGAUUGCCGACAAGAAGUUGGAGGAAGCUUCCCAGCUUGCUUACACCGAUGAGAUCUUGACUGCUCAGGGACUUAUCCGCCACUUCAACCCCAACUACGACUUUGCUUCUCUUGGUCUUGACGACAACAAGAGGACUGCAGGCGGUGCUUUCCGUGCCGAGGUUGGACGUACUGUCGACGAGUCCGGCAUCAAGGGCAUGAAGGUUGUCAAGAAGGACGAGGAAGACUACUUUGUUGGUACUGGCGGCAAGAAAGGAAAGAAGGGCAAGAAGGGUGGCAAUGCCUCUCCUGCCCCUGCUGCCGAGGGCAAGUUCAACCUCAGCUUUGGUGUUAUUGAGGAUUUCGCCAAGGUCAAGGUCGAUCAGCCCAUGAGCCAGGCUGAUGUUCCCGCUGUUGUGGAGAAGUUGGCCGCUAAGAUUACCGAAUGGAAGAAGAACCAGGCCGCCAAGACUGAGGAGAACAUCAAGAAGGCCAAGGAGGAAAUUGAACGUCUCGAGGAAGAAUCUCAGCGUGCUACCGACCACGCUAAGAAGGUGGCUCAGACCAACGCCGGUGUUAACGGUCAUGUUUCCGCCGAAGCUGAGGCCAAGCAGGAGCAGGAUGGUGCUGACGAUGCCGCCGACGAGCUCAAGAAAGCCACCCUCGAGGACGCCGAGUAA